AUGCAGACCACCGGCGGCAAGUUGAUCGGCCUGAUCGGCGACGAGGACAGCUGCGUGGGCUUCCUGCUGGGCGGCAUCGGCGAGCGCAGCCCGAAGGAGCCCGCCUUCAACUUCCUGGUGGUGCACCCGGAGACGGGCGCCGAGCAGAUCAAGGGCGCCUUCGAGGCCUUCCUCAAGCGGGGCGACAUCGACAUCAUCCUCAUCCAGCAGAACAUCGCCGAGCUGAUCCGCGCCGAGAUUGACGCCCACACGGCGCCCAUUCCCGCCGUGCUGGAGAUUCCCAGCAAGGGCGCCGGCUACGACCCGCACAAGGACAGCGUCCUCAAGCGCGCCAAGGGGCUGAUUGAAGGUCGAGCCUAA